AUGUCCUCUCAGGUUACACCACCUCUAGCACCGUCUAACCGCAAGCCCCGGUCCAAGGUCAAGUCGGGGUGUAAAACCUGCAAAGUCCGCAAAGUCAAGUGUGAUGAAGGUCGUCCUGCUUGUCGCAGAUGUACCUCAACAGGCCGCGUAUGCGACGGCUACGGAAUCUGGGGUGGAGGAAACGCGCGUGGCGUCCAGAGACAAGGGGGUCUCUUUGAGUCCAAGACCAAAGACGCACGCGUCCCUAUCUACCCAGUCACGCCAAUAUCUCGCCCUAUCCAACCAAAUCUCGCCUUGAGUUUAAGUCCUCAGCAAAAGAUUUACUUUGACUGGUUCAAGUGUAGGACAGCGUCAAAGCUACCGGGCACAUUCACGUCAAGUUUCUGGAAUACCCUCGUCUUUCAGGCUGGGUCAUCCGAGCCCGCCGUCUUGAACGCCAUCCUCGCCUUGAGCUCCGUUCACAAAGGAGAUGCCAUCGGAGUAGAGCUUUUCAGACACCUCUACCAGCACCCAUGCAUCAUCCUCCAACCAGCUUUUGACCCGCAAAGGACACCGACUGGCCAUAUCCGCUCACUUAGCGACGCCUGGAGACAGAUGGAGCCGAUUCUCAACAAUAUUUUUCAUCUCACACAACAAGCCCGCCAACAUCCCAUCACAGCAAGAGAACACACUUCUCAGCAGCUCAUAAAGGCAAAGCUAGCCCAAUGGCUAAACAUGUUUGAAGCCUUUAACAAAAUCCAGCCAUGCGAAGGAUCCAGCGAUCUAGUAAAAGCCUACCAGGUCAUCCGCGUCAACCACACCAUGGCAACCAUCAUGGCAGAUACAUGUCUGCACAGCGAUGAAUCCAUAUACGACGCCUACAUAGACCAGUUCCUCUUGUUGAUCACGCAAUUGACAAGAUUAUGGGUGGUAUCCGCAGAAACCGAGGAUUUUUCACUCAACUGGGAUCUCAUGUACAUGCCCAGAUCCAUCAUCGACAUGGGCUGGAUCGCACCGCUCUACUUCACAGCCGUCAAGUGCCGCGUCCACCGCAUCAGACUACAAGCGAUCAGGCUCCUACCAUGCAGCGGUCACAGAGAAGGUAUCUGGGAUUCAACCAUAGCAGCCUGCGUCGCUAGAAAGGUCAUGGAGAUGGAGGAAGGUGACUUUUACCAAGGUCUCGAUCUGGGAGAUGACUUUGACGUCGAGACUCUUCCGCGACCGCAGGACUUGGCGUUACCACUACUGCCAGAGUCACGCAGGUUGAAUGAGGUUGAGCUGGAACUUUCGGGUGCUCCGAUGGAUAGGAUGUUGUUAUUCUGCAAGCAGCAGCAGCAUGGCGUGAAGAGGAGGGUUCUUAUAUCGCAGUAUAGCGUACUGUUGCAUUUAUGGGUAGAUGCAUGA